GCUUCAUCUACUGUGGCCAGCACAGCGACCGAGAACCGUCCUGUAAAUCAGGCGGAGUCUCUUCACCCAUUCGCCCGCUCAAAGGCACAGCAAAAGAAAGAGAAGGAAAUGAGAAAGAAGCAGAAAAAGAAGGCAAGAGCGGAAAAAGCAAAUUCCAAAACGAAAGGAACUACUACUCUCGCGCGAUCUCCGCGAGAAGCAGGAACUAAGGAUUGCCUUGACUCUUCGCUCGGCCUAACGAAGGGUAGCGACCAGGAAACCUUUCCUGCCAAACUAGAUGCCUCGAAACUCGGUCCUUCAACUGCCCAAAUUGACAUUGGUAGCCAUGCGAGUGGUGAUGCUAAGGAUGAGAGUCGAAUACCCAUCCUAACAAAAGCUAUGGAAUUAGAUGAAGUACCAGGUGGUUGUUUGAGACCCUUGCCCCGGAAUUCUGCAGCACCAGUUACCAGUAGCGCCCAUACACCUUGCUCGCCUCCACAAGAUUCAGCUUCAUACACAGCGAUAUCAGACGAUACUCCACAGGCCCAAGCUCCUGACAGCAGAAAUAAUAUCUUCUCUGAGGGGCCGUCUUUUUAUGACCAUCAAACAGUGGCCCAGUCGAGUACUGUACAGGUCUCUAAGAAGCAUUCUGAUCAUUCGAAUGAUCGCCCUAAAGCUUCAUGUAUGGACCAGAUACAGGCUGAAGACAAGAAGGAAGACGAUCAUGGAAACAAAAAUGCCUCUGCGACUUCCACGAUUCAUCCGGGUACGACAGCUUCGAUCCCCCUUGAGCAUUCUGAGACUUAUUAUCACUCUCCAGGGUUGGAAUUCAUCAACCAUGAUGAUUCCCAGGGGGCGGUCACUGAGCUACGGGACAAAGCCGCUGAUGGCAGUGGUCUGAAUGAACAUCAAGGCUCCACCGUGCCGAAUCCAGCGGCAAAGCCCCUCGGCCCACUCUCAGGAACAUCUACAGCCACCGGCAUUUCAGUCUCUGAUCACCCUAAUAUCAAGAAAAAGCCAAAGAAGAAAAAGAAGAAGGUGCUGAACUCGGCCGACCCGGAAACGGCAGUUGAAGACGUAGCAUUUACAGAGCAGGUGAAGCAAAUUGACGAUCUCAAAGACGAUCCAGAAACUAUCUUCUGCUCGUCGCCGCAGAACUAUUUUGCAUCUCGAGAUGCAGCAAUGGCUCAAACAGCUAGUAGAUCAAUUCGUAAAUCAACGGUCAAUGCUGGGCCCCCGGACUCUCAGGAACCAAAAGAGAUAGUGAAAAAGGUGAAGAAGCCCGAUCAUUCCAUUAACACCUAGACUGUAUAACUAAAUUAAGGGUUAUUGUAGAGCUUUCAAGUGAGCUUACUUCAGUCGAUUCGCGAUUAUACG